UUUUUUUUCGAUUUCCAGGUGUUUUGUGUGAGUUUUUUGUUUGUUUUGUUAAUAUUGUGAUACUUGAUGGGACAUGGCGCGGGUGUUGCGACCGUCGCUGUGGCGCAGUGUGAGACUUAACCAGACCUGUGCCUCGGGGUCUAGGCAGCCUGGGAUUGUGAGAGUUCGGUUUGCUCCUAGUCCGACAGGAUUUUUGCAUUUGGGUGGACUGAGGACCGCACUGCAUAAUUACUUGUUUGCCAAAUCUCGCGGAGGAGAUUUUGUGCUUCGGAUAGAGGACACUGAUCAAACCAGACUCGUUGCGGGUGCUGCAGAAAAGCUGGAAGAAAUCUUGGAUUGGGUCGGGAUUGUGCCUGAUGAAAGCCCCUUGAGAGGUGGGAAUUAUGGACCAUACGUGCAAUCCGAACGUUUGAACGUGUAUCGCGAACAUGCCGAUCGUUUGCUUGCUGAAGGGAAGGCUUACAAGUGUUUUUGCUCGGAGAAAGCGCUGGAACUUUUGCGGAAAGAACAAGCCAGGCGAAAAGAAGUGCCGAGGUAUGAUAACCGAUGUCGUGGGUUGAGUCCCGAAGAAAUUGCCGAAAAGGAAGCGAGUGGGAUCCCGUCUUGCGUGAGGCUGAAACUGGAACCCGGGUUCAAAGGGUUCCACGACUUGGUGUUUGGGUUAGUCAGACACGACGUUGCGAAUGCCGAAGGGGAUCCGGUGAUUCUGAAGGCUGAUGGCUUCCCAACGUAUCAUUUGGCCAAUGUGGUCGACGACAAAGCAUUUGGUUGGAAGCCACCAACCUUUGGCCACUUGCCCUUGAUAAUGAACCCGGACGGAACAAAAUUGUCCAAACGUCAACGAGAUGCCUUUGUUGAAGACUUGCGGGAUUCAGGAUAUUACCCUGAGGCUGUGUUGAGUUACGUCACUGAAUCAGGAGGUGGUGGUGAAACCGGAAGAGCCAACAAACCCCCGGAACUGCAAUCGCUUGGGAGUCUCAUUCAAAACUUCAACCAAGAAGCCACGUCUCCGCAUUCCUUUAGUCUUCAAAGUGACAAACUGGUUGUGUAUAAUCGGCAAGCUUUCGCAAAUCGGCUGAAGGAUCCCGAGUCUCGUCAGCGGAUUUUUGCGGAACUCGAGAAGCUGGUCAGGGCGAAACACACCACGGAAAUUUCAGAUUUUUCCGGCGAAUAUUUAUCCCGUGUGUUGGACUGGGGCAAGGAUCGCAUCACUGUUCUCGACGAUCUGGUGAAUAAUCCGGAAAUGAACUUCCUUUGGGGACGACCGAAUACCGAAGAAGUUUCUGAAGUGUCUGCUUGUGGGGACCUUGUGAGACCCGUGAGGAAUCUGAUUUUGGAAUGGGAGUCGGAGGAUUUUGUCUUGGACAAGAUACCAAAGGAAUUGAAAUCUGGUUUGAAGAAUUCGGGGAAGAGUUUCAAGGCAUGCAUGAAGGCUGCUCGUAUAGCCUUGACUGGGCGUCUGGAAGGGCCCUCGCUUGCCGAGCUGUUGUACGUUUUAGGACAACGGGAAUCCGCAGCGCGACUCGGCGUUUGUUCUGAGGUCCGAAAUCUCGGGAAUAAGCGAGAAAGGAAAACCGCUUAGCGAAAAAAAAAAUCGUAUCCAUAAACAUAGAAGGUCGGCUGUGUUUCUGUUUGACUUACUGUUUGUCUUCUGUUCUUCCGUCUCAUUUUGUUACCCCGUGAAUGGCAUUUGUUUUUCUCUGCAUUUUUGGGGGGCCGACGAAUGAGUGUUCGAGAUUCCCGGUGUGAAACGAUCCUGUUUCUCCGGGUGAUGAUGAGUGACUAUACACACAGUGAUUCACUGUCUUUCGGAA